AUGACCUGCACUUGCCGCGCAUCAUCCUUGCGGAUCUUUGUACAGAGCCUUACUCGGAUCCCGCUGUCCCAUUCGCUCCCAAGAAGCACACCUCGCCCUGACCCCAGACUCCCCGGCGCAUCCACACAGCUCGGCCGUGCGAGGCCUUUCACUGCUGCCUCGGCAGUCUACUACCCAAGGCAGACAUGGCGGGCUCCUGGAGCAGGCAGGGCAGCCCCGAGUGGCCUGCAUGAGCAGUCGGGCCCUGUCGUGGCGGCCGACGCCGACGCCGGGCAGUUAGAGAAAGCGAAGACCGACAAAGCUGUAUUCGAAUUUUCCCCAGAUGCGAUCGAUGCCCUCGCAGCGGAGCUUGGUCAGACUCCGAAACAACAAGCUGAUCCCUCCGGCCAGCAUGGCGGACCUCGCCACAAACCCGAUGGUUCGGCUCGUAGGAAACCUGAACUGCCAGCCUCGAGCAAGCUGAGGAGAAGCAAGAUUAUGCCCCCAAAUAUCAAAAGGACUUGGGAGCAAUCCGAUCUCCCUGCCCCGAAGAAAGAGCCGUGGAUGAUACAGAAGGAGGCAUUGCGGACCAAGUUUCCAGACGGUUGGAACCCGCGAAAACGGCUGUCGCCCGACGCAUUGGAAGGUAUCAGGGCUCUGCAUACACAGUACCCCGAAGAGUACACAACGGAAAAGCUGUCUCAGAAGUUCGAGGUCUCGCCAGAAGUCAUACGGCGCAUACUGAGAGCCAAAUGGAGGCCCACCGCGGACCAGGAAGAGAAGCGCAUGGAACGAUGGUUCAACCGCGGCAAGAACAUCUGGUCGCAAAUGGCAGAGCUGGGCACAAAACCCCCCAAGAAGUGGCGCGAGGAAGGCAUUGUGCGUGACCCGUCCUGGAAUGUCAAGAGGGGCCCCCGGACUGAAUAUCCAUAUGCUCCCCGGAAGAAGGCCCCGGAACCUGAAGACGAAGAGAGCACGCAGCGGAAACUGGGCGAAGGUCUCUUGUGA